AUGGGCGAUGAUAGCAUAAAACUCCUAUUAAGAAUAGCUGAAGAUAUCUUAUUUUCUUUGAAUUUGCCUGAAGCUAUUCUAAGCAAAUACAAAAGCAUCAGAGAAGCAGCAAUCUACAAAGCCGACGUAGAAACUAUGAAAACGCAUUCUCCUUAUUUACAUAGACUUGAUGUAAGCCAUGAGAUUAUUAGGAACUAUUCAAAAGUCAUGGACUUUAUGAUAGCUGGGAUGAGCACUGCAUUAGAAAAGCACAACAGAAUAUUAGAAAUUGUAGGCAAAAAAGUAGAAAUUACUCAACUAACAAAUAGGUCAAGAGCUAUGGAAGUUCUGUUAAGAGACUUGCCGAAGCUUACAGCUAGCAGAAAAGAAUUUAAUAACGACAUUUUAGAUAAAUUCAGAGACUUAGAAGAAAAUGAGCUAGAAAACCUAAAAGCUAUAGCCCAAGAUUUCGAAGAAUUCGAAAAUCAAACAGUUUUAGCUAUAGAUAAAGUAAAAGAAGCUUUGCUUGAAAAAGAGCAGAAAAUGAAAGAAAUCGAAAAUGAGCUAUCAAUAAUUUCUAUUAAUGCAGCUAAAGAAACUGAAAAAAUCCAAGAAUAUCAAUUAAAAUUUUCCCCUAGGAGCAAUUCAGCAAGAUCCUCACAGUUAGAUUUUCAUAAAAUGAAAAAUGUUGACGAGCUGAUCAUGGAAAAUAUGAAAUUAAAUGAAGAAAAAGAAGAAAUUUUAAAUCAAUUAGAAAAAGCAAAAAAUGCAUAUGCAAUUGACCUGGAAAAUCUGCAGCAUAAAUAUGAAAUUCAAAUCCAAAGUCUUAUUGAUUCACAUGAGCAAGAAAAAAAUAGAUUAAAUGAACUGAAAAACAGUGAGCUGGAAGAAAUAGAAAUUGCGAAUAGAGAAAGGGAAAAUAAUUUGCUGGAGAAAUUAGAAAAAGUCACAUUAGAAGACACUGGAGUUUUAAAAGAAAUGAGAAUUAAUAUGGAAAAGCUAGAAAGCACAAAAAUGGAAUAUGUAAAUGCUUACAAUGAGGCAAUAAACAUUCUUCAGCCUUUGUAUGAAGAAUUUUAUGCUGGGCAUCAUGAGUGGAUUAUAAAAGAAAAAUCAAGAAAAAAAUUUUAUAAAGGAAAAUUCAAUAAGCAGUUUAUUGAUUUACUAAUAAAAUGCGAAUUUGCUUUGUUUUUAAUAGAAAUAUACAAAAAUGAAAACGAUAAUUUAGGAUCACGAUUAGAAGAAAUCAUUAAAAAGCAAGAAAGCCCACAAAUUAUAGAAAUUGAUCAAGAAAUAAUAAAAGAUCCUAGAACCAUUUCACGUCUUUCUGAAAUAAGCCACCAUUCCGACACUACAAAAGAAAACCCUCGCUCUUCCUCCAGAGAAGGAAUUAAAACUCCAGAAAAUAUUCCUAUGACAUUAUCAGAAAUAAAUAAAAAUCCUGAAAAAAUUGAUGAAAAAAUAAAGCAGCAUUUAAAAACUAAUGGAGAAGUCUUAAAAAAUUUCGAAAAAGCUAGGACAAGAUUAUUAGAUAAUAUUCAAAAUUCCAAAGAAUCAAAAUCGUUGUCAAGAAGCGAUACGUUUGAAAAUUUAUAUACAAAAUAUCUUCUUAAGUCAUAA